AUGACGACUAUCGCCGACGAGCUUCUGAACGACUUCGAAGACGACGGAUCUGAGAACGAAGAGGAGCAACAAAAUGAAGGGUUCUACGCCGAUGCAGAGUAUGGCGAUGCAGAUCAGGGUGCGAAUGGAACAGCAACUGCUAAGCAGAGCACCGAGGGAAUGGAGCUCGAAGCGAACAACGACGAGGAAUCGGAGGAUGGAGACUUAGAAGAUGGGGCGCCUACGAAUGUUAAGAUGGAGGCUGAAGAGGACGAGGAGGAGACUAAGGCGAGAGUGGAGAAGAUGGAGCUCAAGACCGUCAGCGACGUGCGCAACGUAGCAGGCUUGAUGAAGCAGCUGGAGCCAGUCAUGGAGAAAAUCGAGUAUUACAAGAACUUGCCGCCGGAAAAGCAGACGAAGAAUAUCGGCAGUAUCGAGGAUAACCCGGAGUACAAGCUUUUGACGCAGUCGAAUACGCUGUCUACCAGUAUUGAUGGCGAGAUCAUACUUGUCCACAAGUUCAUCCGAGACCACUACUCGGUGCGAUUUCCGGAGCUGGAGACGCUGAUUCAGAACCCGCUGGAGUAUGCGAAGACGGUGGCGAUCAUUGGAAAUGGCCCGAUGGAGAAGAUCGAAGCACUCAGUGAAAGCAAAGACAACAUUCUUGAGCAGUCACUCAGACAAAUUCUGGAUCGCCCUUCGUUGAUGGUCGUCACUCUGGAAGCGACACGAACAAGUGGCGAGCCUCUUUCAGAGGAGGACCUGGCGUCCAUCAGGCGGGCGUGUGAAAUGACGGUCAAGCUGGAUCGCGCGAAGACCAUGCUGACUGAAUAUGUCCAAUCCCGCAUGUCCAUGUUCGCUCCUAACCUCACAACCCUCAUCGGUUCCCUCACUGCUGCCCAGCUGCUGAACUAUACUGGUGGAAUUACUGGCUUGGCCAAGACUCCCGCAUGCAACCUCGCACCGCUAGGAAGCAAGAAGAGCAAUGCCACGGUUGGUCUUGCGACAAACACUGGUAUUCGUCAUCAAGGUUUCCUCUUCAACAACGAGAUCAUUCGGGACGUGGCGCAGGAUCUCAAGGUUCAAGCGAUGCGCAUCCUGUCCGCCAAGAUUGUCCUCGCCGCACGAGUAGACCAGGCACACGAAGCUCCGGCGGGCGAGCAAGGCCUGGCCUUCUACGACCAGGUCGAGAAGCGGAUCGGCAAGCUCUCUGAAGCACCGCCUAACAAAGGUGUCCGCGCUCUCCCAGCGCCAGACGACAAGCCUGCACGCAAGCGAGGUGGUCGCCGAGCACGAAAGGCGAAGGAAGCGACCGCCAUGACCGACCUCCGCAAGGCCCAGAACCGGAUGGCUUUCGGCAAGGAAGAGGAAGAAAUCGGCUUCGGCGACUCAACAAAGGGCAUGGGCAUGAUCGGCCAGAAGGAAGAUGGCCGCAUCCGCUCGCAACAAAUCGACAACCGCACUCGCGCGAAGCUCUCCAAGAAGAAUCCUGGCUGGGGUGGCGCGACGCCUGCUGGCGGCACUGCUACCUCUCUGCGAGGGUUUGGUGGUGGUGCUUUGGGCACUUCGUCGUCGCUGAAGGGUGCUGGUCUAAGAGCGUCCGGUGUGGGUUCAGGUUUGAAGACGAAUGUGGGUAAUACUGGUGGCACCGCGAGUACGAUCGCUUUCACGCCUGUGCAGGGUCUGGAGCUUGUAGAUCCGAAGGUCAGGGCUGAAAUGGGGAGGAAGAGGGCUGCUGAGGAGGACAGGUGGUUCAGUAAAGGCACAUUCACGAAUGUGGGUGGUGGUGGCGGUGGAAGUCCUGCUGGUGCUGCUCCUGGGAAGGUUGACGCUGGAGGGUUCAAGGUGCCUGCGCUGCCUAACAAGAAGGUGAAGAAGAAUGGAUGA